GGUCUUUUACACAUGGGGGCUCUGGCUUUCCUGAAGAAUCCUAUUAUUAUAACCCUAAGUUUUGGCGUUUUGUCUGAGAUUGUUUGGUAUUUCAUCAAGAAAAAGACACAGCCCAAGAAAAAAGCUAAAAGCAUGAAAUUAGAUAAAAAACGAAUUUAUGACGUACUCUUUUUUUCUGAGCAAUCAGCUUCAUGCAGGAUUCAUGCCACUGACUCUCAUCCCUGCUCUCUGCCUAGUUGCCCAAUUAAGAAUCUCAACAAGCUAUUGGCUUACUUGAGCUCAGCAGAACAAACACUGGAUAUUUGUAUAUAUUUUUUUACGUACAGUGCUAUUGUAAAGUUGAUUAAAGACCUGCUUAUGAAGAGGAAUGUUAGAAUAAGAGUUAUCUUGGAUGAUGAAUCCACUGAAAAUGAUUCGAGUCAAAUUUAUAUUAUGAGAAAAGCUGGUAUGCUGGUAAGAACUAGAAAAUCUCCAUACCUCAUGCAUCACAAAUUUGCCAUUAUUGACAAGAAGUUGCUGAUUACGGGAAGUGCUAAUUGGACCCAUCAAGCGUUUUUCGGAAAUUGUGAAAAUAUCCUUAUCACAAAUCAACCAGAGAUUGUAAGAAGUUAUUUUGAGGAAUAUGAAAAGAUCUGGGCAAAUUAUGAUAUUGAUUAUGAUACCGAA